GUGAAAUGUAGCAUCACUUUUUACAUGGUCAGAUGCUUUUAUGACCAGAAGAUUCUUCAACAAACUUUUGGCAAGUGGAAGAAGUGGUGGACUGUUUGCAGAGAAAGGAAGCUCAGUCUCAGAGCAGAUGGCCAUUGCAGGCAUUUACUCCAUAAUUUGGUAUUCAAGGCUUGGAGAGCCUACGUAUGCCAGCAACAAGGAAAGAGGAACAAAUGCUAUAUUGCAGAGUCUCAUGCAAAGAAGCAAAAAUUGCUGAGGACCUGGCAGCGGUGGCUGGUUUAUGUUGAAGUUCAAAGGACAAAACACGGGAUGCAGUCUGUGGCACUGGCAUUCAGGGACAGAUCCUGCUUGCGCGUAUCGUGGGCAGUGUGGAGAAGACAACACUACCAGAACUGCAUUGGACAUAAAAUGAGUAUUUUGGCUCUGCAGCAUUGGGCCCAGAGCCUACAAUUUAGAGCUUGGUCACAGUGGCGAGAACUGUAUCUGUACAGCCAGAACAACAAGCAAAAGGAGACUAGGGCAGUGACUUGCUUUCGGCACUGGAAAUUGAAGAGGUGCAUGGAAGCAUGGCUGGAAUACUUAAAUCUCUACAGAGCAAAGAAAAUUCAGAAUGAGCUGGCCCAAGAGCAUCACCAAAGCAGGGUAGUCCAACAGUGUUUCUCUGAUUGGCGGGCAUCGUGGGAGCGAAGGCGAAGAGUGCGUGCUCACCAAGAGGACAUGGAAAAACUAGCAGCAAGGAUUGCCUUAUGGAGAGUCUUUGCACACUGGAAGCAUUAUGUUGUACUCUGUGUGGAAGAGACUCGACAGUGUGAGCUGGCUGAAAAACACUACAGGGAUCAUCUGCUGAAACUUGGCUUUAAGGGUCUUUGGCAGAAUGUCACGAACACUCGACUUCAGCAAAUAAGAAAAAAUCUGUCACACCGUCAGCACCAAGUUACAGUGCUGCACAAGUUCUGGAACCUUUGGAAGUCCCGUUUGGAAGAGAAGGAAGAACAGCAGCAGCAGGCCUUAACAUCAGUGGCUCUUGCCCGUUACAAGAGGGUGUUGAUGAGAAAGGUGUUUGACGUGUGGUUGCUGAACACGUGCAAGCAACAAGAAUACCGAAUGGGAGAGAAAAGGGCUGUACUUCAUUUUGAAAAGCAGCUGUUGCAUUGUUUCUGGUGCUUCUGGCGCAGAAGAGCAGCUGCACGUUUGGAGGAGAGAGAGGGCUUGGUUUGUGCAAGAGAUCACUACAAUAACCUGCUGCUGCAAAAGGCUUUCUGUCUGUGGAAGCAAAAUACUCUGGAGAGAAGAACAGAGAGGCUCAAGGAGAUACAAGCCUUAAGAUUUCACUAUUCAAAGUGUGUGCAGCAGACUUGGAACAAGUGGAGAGAGUUCGUGGAGCAUCAGCGUGAGAAAUGGAGGAAGCUGGUGCGAGCAGACCUGCACUAUCGGCACACACUGCUGGGGAAGGUCUUGGAAGCCUGGAAGAGUUACCAAUAUACCAUACAGUACAUUCUAUACCAAGUAGCUGAAAAGGAGAAGGAGCACACUAGACUGCUGCUGCGACAGCUUAUGUGUACUUGGAGGGAAAAUGCCCUUGCUCUUAUGUGUGAAGCUAAGGCAACUACUCGGGCAGAUGAACACUACAGGAGAGCAAUCCUGUCAAAGGUGUUGCUACAGUGGAGAUAUGCUGUCUUGCUCCAAGUGUGUUGCCGUCAGCAGAAGGUGACAGCUGUGAUGGAGGCCAGAAAACAUUUGGAUAUAGUGUGUUUACAGACCCUGUUUAUUCACUGGAAAGAAUUAACUAGGGAGUCUCUGAUGCUGAGGGCUCAGCAGCACAGGGCAGUACAGCACCAUCAGCAGCACCUACUCCAGAAGUACCUGGUGAAAUGGAAGAAAUAUCAUCAGUGGUGCCUUAGGAAAAUGCUACUACAGAGACAGGGAAGUCAGCUAAUGACUUACAGAUUUUGCUCUGCUUCCUUUUCUUGCUGGAAAACACGGCUGUUGCAGCAGCGAUGGGAAAAGCGGAAGACAGUGCAAGCGCUGUGGCACUGGUCCCAUUCAUUGCAGAGAAAGGUAUUUAAUGCUUGGCUCAGAUUUGCCAAGCGACAGCUGCAGAAGAAAGAUCCCACUGCAAAAGCCACAGGAGCUUACCGUGCUACUUUUCUGAGAGAAGGUGUAACCCAAGUCUUGAGACACAGUGCUGACAUGAAACGGUUGCAGGAGCAGCUCCAGGCCCAGCACCAGCUGAAGGCAGCCUACAACCUUCAGCAGCUAUUGUAUCAUUGUGCCAUGCUGUGGAAACAGAAGGCUCUCUCCAAGAUUAAUAACCUUUGUUCUUUUCUGUCACCUCUGAAGAAGCAAGUGACAUGUGAAACACCUGAUGUUCACCCUGAGACAAGAGGACAUUCAGCAGAGGAAGAGCUGUGGCCUUCAAAAUGCGGUCGUCUACGAUUUCACCUUGCUUAUGGAGACUCCCUUCUCAGCAACAUAAAUGCUAUUCAACGAGCAAGGUUACCACCACAGAGGCCUGACUUCGUUCUGGAGUCUCACGAAAGCAAGGAACUGCUGGGGCCUCCUUUUACUAGAUCAGAGGCACCCUUUCAGCAACCAUCUCCAAACAGAUGUUCUGCACAGACUGGGAAUUUAAUGCCAACACCUCAAAUGGAAGGAAGUACCUGUAAAUCUCUGUCUCAGAUGGAUGAUGCUGUCAAUUUCUAUCCAUCUCUCACCCAUGCUGCUUUCCCAUCUGUACCUGUGUGGACACAUGAUGUGUACCGUGCUGUUAAGAGGCCAGAGCUUUGGUCUCCUUCAUCUUUCAUGUCCCAGAUGAAAGCUGGCACAGAAAUGAGGGCAGGUCAGCCUGUGGGUGGUCACAAAGGAGAAGCCCAUUCCCAAGACUUUCAACAGGACUCUUUGGAGAAGUUGCGACCAAACUUGCAGCCCCAUUUGCUGUCACCUGAAGACUUGGUGGGAAAAUGGAGUCACCAGACUGAAGCUGACUGGGAAAAAAGGGAGCAGGGUUCCAGAGAAGACAUGGUGUUGCAGAGAAAGCUGGAGGUUGAACUCCAACACAUCCAACAGCAGAUGGAGUACUACUUCAGCAGGGAGCAAGAACUCAAGUCCUGUCAGCAGCAGGCCCAGAUUCUACAGAAAUGGCUAGAAAUGAGCACACAACAAGAAGACCAAAAUGAUGUACAAGUUCAGGAAGAACUGCAUCAGUUGCAGGUGAGGAUCAAGGCUCUCACCACAGCCCAGCUGAAAGAGAGGCAUCAUGUGCAGAACCUGGUUGCCCGCCUGCACGAUAUCCAGAUUGCUCUGGAUUUGUGA